AUGCCCAGGGCAGGCGGCCCCAAUGGAACGUACGUCGGCGCCGGUAGUCCGGAGCACCACCGCGGCUCGGGGCCAAACAGCAACAGCGGCGCUUCGGGGCCCACCAAUGACAGCGGCACCAAGGGCAUCAGCAGCAGCAGCGGCGUGGCACCGGGCACCGGAAGCAUGAGCGCUCGAAGCAGUGGAGCAGGAAGUAACAGCGGCUCAGGACCGAAUAGCAACUCCGGCUCAGGACCGGACAGCAACUCUGGCUCUCCGCCUUUUUGGGCUUCUCCCAGUGAUCGCAGUGCCGGCAGCGGCCUGGCCGUCGGAGUGGGCAGCAUCCGCAGCGGUUUUGGCAGCAAUGGCGCCGGAAGUGGCCAUGCAAACUUUGGCAGCGGCGGCGGCGGCAGCUUUGGCCCGCAGAACAAUGACGGCAGCGCCGUGGGCGGUGGCAUUAACUGGCAUCCAAACGAUCAGCCCGCCUUUCCACCCGGCUCAAGCAGCUCAAACAGUCUGACGACUCCAGGCAGUCAGAUGUAUCCUAGUCUGGGCAAUUGGUUCAACAAUAAUCACAACAUUCCAAGUCGUAAUAGAACAAAGACACAGUAA